CUGACGGUGGCGGUGCGGCUGCGGGCAGAGCGGCGGGAGGCCGGCCUGCGAGGAGCGCGGCGGGGAAGGCAGCGGUGCUGCCGGCGGAGAGGACCCGGCGGCCGGGCCUGCGUGGGGCCGCGCGCCGCGGCGUCGACUUCCUCCGCGCCGGGCAGGACAGCGCAGGGCCAUGGCCGAGGCGGCCGCGGCUCCGAUUUCUCCAUGGACAAUGGCAGCUACAAUUCAGGCCAUGGAGAGGAAGAUUGAAUCACAGGCCGCUCGACUGCUUUCUCUAGAAGGCCGAACUGGGAUGGCAGAGAAGAAGCUGGCUGACUGUGAGAAGACAGCCGUGGAGCUCAGCAGCCAGCUGGAGGGCAAGUGGGCUGUGCUGGGAACCCUGCUGCAGGAGUAUGGGCUGCUGCAGCGGCGGCUGGAGAACGUGGAGAAUCUGUUGCGCAACCGGAACUUCUGGAUUCUGAGACUUCCCCCUGGCAGCAAGGGCGAGGUCCCCAAGGAGUGGGGCAAGCUAGAGGACUGGCAGAAGGAGCUCUACAAGCACGUGAUGAGGGGCAACUAUGAGACACUGGUCUCUCUGGACUAUGCCAUCUCCAAACCCGAGGUCCUCUCCCAGAUUGAACAAGGCAAGGAGCCAUGCACUUGGCGUCGGGCCGGCCCCAAGGUCCCGGAAGUUCCUGUGGACCCAAGUCCAGGCUCCGGAGCUCCAGUUCCUGCCCCUGACCUCCUGAUGCAGAUCAAGCAGGAAGGGGAGCUCCAGCUACAGGAGCAGCAGGCUCUAGGUGUGGAAGCCUGGGCAGCUGGACAGCCAGAUAUUGGGGAAGAGCCCUGGGGCCUCAGCCAGUUGGACUCUGGGGCAGGAGACAUCUCCACAGAUGCUACCUCUGGUGUCCAUUCCAACUUUUCAACCACCAUCCCGCCCACUUCCUGGCAAGCAGAUCUCCCUCCCCACCACCCCUCUUCAGCAUGCUCAGAUGGGACACUGAAGCUCAACACAGCAGCAUCCACAGAAGCAGACGUAAAAAUUGUUAUCAAAACAGAAGUCCAGGAAGAGGAGGUAGUGGCCACACCUGUGCAUCCCACCGACCUGGAGGCUCAUGGGACUUUGUUUGCACCAGGCCAAGCUGCAAGAUUCUUUCCUAGUCCCGUCCAGGAAGGAGCCUGGGAAAGUCAGGGCAGUUCUUUCCCUAGCCAGGACACGGUGCUUGGGCUGCGGGAGCCCACUAGGCCAGAGAGGGACAUUGGUGAGCUCAGUCCUGCCAUAGCACAGGAGGAGGCCCCUCCUGGGGAUUGGCUCUUCGGUGGUGUCCGGUGGGGCUGGAAUUUCCGGUGCAAACCUCCAGUGGGCCUGAACCCAAGGACGGUGCCUGAGGGGCUCCCUUUUUCCUCUCCUGACAAUGGAGAUGCCAUCUUGGACCCCAGCCAGGCUUCAAGACCCUUCAACGAUCCCUGCAAAUAUCCCGGCCGGACAAAAGGCUUUGGUCAUAAGCCAGGACAGAAGAAACACCCAGCAGCGCCACCCGGAGGCCGGCCCUUCACCUGUGCCACAUGCGGAAAGAGCUUCCAGCUGCAGGUGAGCCUGAGUGCUCACCAGCGCAGCUGUGGACUGCCUGACGGGGCGGGCACGGGGGCAGCUUCUACCGCUACUGGAGGUGGAGGUGGCAGUAGUGGUGGAGGCGGAGGCAGCAGCGGAGGCGGGGGUAGCGCACGGGACAGCAGCGCCCUGCGAUGCGGGGAGUGUGGCCGCUGCUUCACACGCCCCGCACACCUCAUCCGCCACCGCAUGUUACACACUGGUGAGCGGCCCUUCCCUUGCACCGAGUGUGAGAAGCGUUUCACAGAGCGUUCCAAGCUUAUCGACCACUACCGAACGCACACGGGUGUGCGGCCCUUCACCUGCACAGUGUGUGGCAAGAGCUUCAUCCGCAAGGACCACCUCCGCAAGCACCAGCGCAACCACCCGGCAGUGGCCAAGGCGCCCACCCAUGGGCAGCCACUCCCACCACUGCCAGCUCCUCCCGACCCCUUCAAGAACCCCGCAGCCAAAGGACCCAUGGCUUCAACAGACCUUGUGACUGACUGGACUUGUGGCCUAAGUGUCCUGGGACCUACUGAUGGUGGAGGGGACCUGUGAGGGCCCCCAACCCUUCUGUGGUCCCUGCAGGCCACAAAUGUACAAAGUCCCGUGUGCAGAUAGCAGGGUGGCCAGAAAGCUCAGAAGCAAAAAGGGAGACUUGGCAGAGAAUCAAAUUCCCUGUUGCUGAACUGAUCAUUGGAAAGAAACUCAAUGCAGCCUCCACCUAAAGAGAGUAGGAUUCCGACUGUGAGACUGAACACCUUAGUAGAAUCUUAAGUAAUUUAAUUACAAACCCGUUUUUGUUUUUCUCUUUAAUUCUUGAGAAAAAAAAAGAUGGAAAAUAGUAGCAACACCAGUUGAAGUUCUGAGGUGUACUUGUGGCUUUCAGGGGUGUGUGUCCACCUUGUCUUACUAGUGUUGGAAAGGUGGUCAGUGGGAAGACCAGACUUGGACCAUGCAGUCCUAUGGCAGGUGAGUUCCCAUUCUGUCCAGGAAGCUGGUCUGGACCUUAGGCUCUGGGUGAUGAGGGCACUGGGGCCUAGACAGCUUCCACUCAGCAGUAAGGACUCCUUACUUUCUGAAAAGACCCUAAUGCCCAGCCCUGACUUUCCGCUUUUUGAGCCAUCGGUGGUCCCUGUCCAAGGUGGUAACGUUCACUGUAGUCGUGACUCCUGGGCUGGCUAGGAAGAGUCGCACUGCGUUGUAGUCGUGUUAGAUCUGGAAGGGGUUGGGCCCUUGAACAUGAGGUCACAGAAAGCCAGGGCCGCCCAUCUUGGGCUAUGUCUGUUAUCCAUAGAUGCUUCUCUUGGCUGCCCAUUGUGCAGUAUGUUCAUUUUCAAAGUGGCUCCACCUCACAUUGGGAAGCAGCAGAUGGGUGGUUCUUUUAAAGAACAAAUAAAGGGCUCAAAGGGGACACAGCCUCUAACUACAAGUACUGUGUGCUCCAGGAACUGGGAAGAGCUCCAGCUGAGGCUCAGCUCUCGUGGAACACCAGUUUAGGGAAGGAGAGGUUUUUGAGGUCUUGCCCUCUUAAAAAAUUUGUCCCACACAAAUGGAUCAGAUCAUCCAGACACAGAGAACGGCCUCGGCAGCUCAAGCUGGACGGCCCCCAGUAUGUGUGCUUCCGCAUGACUAGACACACAGGUAGUUGGAAUGCCAGGUAACUGGGUAAGUGGCUUCCUCAGGCUUGCCUGGAUUAUCUUCACAAUGGAAUUAGAGCUAGGUCCAAGUUCUGUCAGUACAGUGCUGUCCCCACCACACAUAGCCAUUCCCAUUUUGUUAAAGCAGCCACUGGUCCUCUUCCCCAAGUGGGUAAUGACUCCCUGAAGAGGGCAGAGACUAUAGUGCCCAUUCAACUCCCUUCUGCGUACUUUUAUUAGAAAUAGACUAGUUAAGAAGAUUGUUUCUAUGUACUGUAUAUUUUGUACCUGUUUACACUUCUAAUAUUGAUAUAACUGAUAUUUUGAAAAACAAAUGAACAGAAAACAUCCUGUUAAAAUAAAACCUAACCAGCACCAAGGCUGUUUGAUGGAUCCAUUCUUAGACCUUUGGCCAUUUUUACUGCUGCUUCUAAACAGCAUCUCUAGGAGGCCAUGCCCCAAGCCCACAGCUAACACUUGGCCACUCUGGGAACAUGAGGUGAUUUCAGGGCAGUUUGGCUCUCUGGAGAUAAACUGGAUUUUGGAGAGAGAAUCAAAGCCUACCAAUCACUUUGCUACAGACUGUAAAUACAGUUUAUAUACUUUAGUUUACUCUGAGAUGGUAUUCAGGAAGAUAGGAUACUCUUGGAGAAAACUAUGGAAUAUCAAGAAAAUGAAUGUAAGCUAUUGAGUCCUCUCACCCUUCCUUGCCUGGAGAGGUGGCAGUACCUCUAGAUGCAACCUGGUCUUGCUGCUUCCAGUGGCAUUUCUGCCAUACUCCCACCCAAGGGCUAAUCAGUGUUGACAUUUUACCUCACGCUUUUGGAAUUUUUCAUCUUUGUCAUAAUUUUUUAAGGAAAAGAAAAAAUAUUUUGGGGGCUGGAGAGAUGGCUUAGCAGUUAAGAGCACUUGUUGCUCUUGCAGAGACCCAAGUUCAAUUCCCAGCACCCGUGUUAGAUGCUGUGAGCCUCCUGUAAUUCUAGCUCCAGUGGCUCUGACACCCCCGCCCUCAAAGACACCUGCACUCAUGAGCACAUGCUCCCACACAAAUAUGCAUAAUUAAGAAUAAAGAUAUAUACAAUUUUAUUCUUCACUUAUUUCAUAUUAUUUUUUCCUGAAGGACAUAAGAAUGUGACAGAGGGAUGGUUCUACCAGGCCCGUGAUGGAGAAUCAUGACAGUGCCUAACUCUUUGCUAACUUGACCCCUUCCUUUACUUCUGGUCAUCUCUCCCCUUGGCUGUCCCCAGUACUGAAAGCCAGCAAGGAGGCCUACCCAGUUCACUGUGCCCUUGUCUACCCCAACCUCUCCACUCCUGCAUGCAAAACUAAUAAGCCAGAGAGCCAAUAAAGGAUUUCUCCAUCCUGGGCUGAGUGUCACUUGCCAGAUGACAAAAGACAAGAUGGGUGAAGCUGCAUUUUAACCAUAUCAGUAACAUCAUGCGGUGGUGCAUUCCAUCAUCCCAGCAACUAGAAGGCAAAGGCAGGAGGGCCAUUGCAAUUCAAAGCCAACCUGGUCUACAUAGUUCCAAGUAAGGCAGGGCUUUUCAUAGUGAGGCCCUGUAAAAAUAAAUAAAACACAGCUGGAAAGUAA